AUGGUUAACUUGUUUAAGCGCAUGCGCAAGCUGAAGACUAUCCUCGAUAUCCGAACUGGUGUCGGUGCCGCUAUUUUCCCCAAUCCUACCUCCGCCACGAAAGAGUUUCCUCCUGUCACUCGCCUACACCUCACAUACGCCCGAAAGAUCUACAAUGGUCACCAGGGUGCCCGUCACUUCUGGCGCAAUUGUCUUCCUCGUCUCAAGUACCACAACCCAGCUGUUCGAAUGACGGUGCAACAAACAGAAGACCAGAGCUUGACACCGUCCUUGACGAUUUACUUUGCCGAGCGAUUGAGCAGCACUGCGCCAGCGAUUGUUGGCUCCAAGAAAAUCACAGACAUGCAUGCUCCAGCUCCCGAGAGCAGCGAGAAGACUGCCGUCGUGGAUUUGAAGGACCUCACCUAUAAGGAGAUCUGGACUCGGGUACAGGCGGCGACUGGGGCAGAAGAGGUCCCUGCUUCUGCGGAGGAUGAGGCAGAGCGGAAACGGUUGGAUGCAAUCACGGCGAAGGCCGGCAAGGAUCGUGAGCGUAUACAAGGCAUUCGCCAGGCCAAGAAGGACCAAGAGCGGAUGUUGGCUGAGGCCCGCGGUGAGAUCGAGAAGAUGAAGGAGCUGUAA